AUGUUCCGUAUAUGGCUUAGGCCUCGAAUUGAUGAGUGUGAUUUUAUAAAUUGUGGGGGCGGUGGUGGUGGUGGGGGGGAAAGUGGUGACAUCAAGCGAGUUUUGUCUAGGGAGUCACGAGGAGUUUCGGACACAUCUGAAGACGAAAUCUUCCCACUAUUGGACAAAAUGAUUGACCAAAAAACUGGUAUAAGUAUGCAAACAUUGGUGAAUGCCACUGGGAGUAAUCCUGAACCUCGGCGACUAUGGCAGUUCAUUGCAGCAAUCACAGAAGAAAAAGGAUUCUCGCCGCAAGAAAUAUCUUGGAUUGGGGCUUCCAUGGCACUUGGUGCUGCUGUAGUUGUAAUUCCUUGUGGGUUUCUAAUGGACUUUCGUGGUCGGAAGAAUACUAUGCUAUUGUUAGUUUUGCCCUUUUUUGCUGGAUGGAUGCUACUUGUGUUUGCGGAUGAUCUUUGGAUGUUUAUUCUAGGUCGAUUUAUCACCGGUAUGAUGGGAGGAGCGUUUAGCUUAACUUCCCCUGCAUAUACUAGUGAAAUUGCUGAUGACAAAAUUAGAGGAAUGCUGGGCAGCUUUUUCCAGUUGAUGUUGGUAACUGGUAUUCUCUUUGUCUACAUUCUUGGUGCUGCAAAUCUCGAUGUCAAGUCAUUGACAGGAGUUUGUGCCGCUAUUCCUCUGUUGUUUGGGGUUUUGUUUGUGUGGAUGCCCGACACACCGAUUCAACUGCUUAAAACCGGGAAGGAAGGCGAAGCACGUAAAUCUCUUCAGAAGUUCCGAGGACCUCAUUAUGAUAUUGACGAUGAAAUCCGCGAAUUAAAAGAUGCUUUAGAGAAGGAAGAAAGUAUGAAGCUCUCAUUCAUUCAAUCUUUUUCUACCAAAGCAGCGAAGAAAGGAUUAUUUAUUGCAGCAGGAUUAAUGGCGUUCCUACAGCUGAGUGGAGUCAACGCUAAAGCUGGCAGUACGUUGGAUGCUAAUAUUUGUGCAUUAAUAUUUGGUGGAGUACAGGUGGUUGCUACUUUCAUAUCAUCACAAAUUGUGGAUCGCCUGGGAAGACGCAUCCUCUUGAUCAUUUCUGAUCUUGUAAUGUCAAUUUGUUGCGUACUGCUUGGAGUUUUUUUCUACUUAGACGAAAAGAAAGACCCAGUUGUGGAGGAUAUUGGUUGGUUGCCUCUCGUAAGCGUUUGCUUGUUUAUAGUUGCUUUCUCUUUAGGUUUUGGGCCUGUCCCAUGGUUGAUGAUUAGUGAGCUGUUUCCAUCAAAUAUAAAGGGAAGAGCAAGUUCAAUCGCAUGCGUGGUGAAUUGGAUCAUCGCGUUUUUGGUUACAAAAUUCUUCAACGACUUAGAGCAGGCGUUUAAACUUGGACCAACGUUUUGGAUUUUUGCUGGCAUAUCUGCAGUAGGAACUGUAUUUGUUUUAAUGUUUGUUCCUGAAACGAAAGGAAAAUCUCUUGCCCAAAUCCAAAGAGAACUUGAGGGUGACGAGACAGAAAUGAACCUUUCUGCCCGACCUGAAAAAUUCUGA